AAACAACAAGGGGCAGACUGACCAUUCAGGCGCCCAGGCACUGCCCGAGGGCCCAGGGUCAGUAGGGAGCCCCAUGAAAUGCCCCUGGUACCUUUUAUAGGCUUUUUUGGGUGUGCUUUGAGUGUGGGCAAGGACACAGGGGCCCCAUGAUCCCCUAUUGCCCGGGGCCCCAGGAGCUGUCAGUCCACCCCUGGGGUAGAUGCUGCCUAUCAGUGCCACCUCAUCAGUGGCCAUCAGUGCAGCCUAUCAGUGCCCAUCAGUGCAGUCUCAUCAGCGCACAU